AUGAAAAUCACAAAAAUCUAUGUUUACCCAAUCAAAUCGCUGCAAGGCAUUGCGUUGCAAAAGGCGAAUCUUGAUAGGCAGGGUGUUCAGCAUGACCGUCGAUUUAUGCUCCUGAGAGUCCACCGUGAUGGCAACCACUGGCAUGAACCAGUGGAAGUUGUCAGGUAUCCGGCAUGUGCUCUAUUCAUCCCGGAAAUUCGUGAUGGGAACAUCGUUGUGAGAUACCAGCUGCCAGAUUCUGCUCCGGCGCCGACACCGGCGCAGGAAACAACACUCGAGAUACCAUUGGAACCGGAUACUUCGGGGCUUGAGAAAAUAGAAGUCGACUUGUACAAGAGCAAGACCAUGGGUUACCGUAUGCCCGAGGCUCAUAACUCGUGGUUCAGCUCAUGGUUGGGAUUCGAGGCCAUACUCGUUUAUGUCGGCGACGGCAAACGGCAGGUGCUGGGUACGAUGUCGCCACAUGCGCAGAACAAGCAAAACCAGGGGUGGCUGUCUUCUAUGAAGAGCUAUAUUGGUUCUAGCGAAGAUCCGCACUGGCUCACAUUCACCUGUGUCGCCCCAUAUCUAGUAGCUACUGAGACAUCUCUGAACGACGUCAGCAGCAGGCUUCCACCUGGCGAGGAGAUGGACAUCCGGAAAUUCCGGCCAAACAUAGUCGUUGAGGGCGAGGGACCGUUCGACGAAGACUACUGGGGAGAGCUAGAGGUUGAGAAUGGCGUGCGGCUCUCCCUGACGGGGAACUGCGGGCGAUGCGUGUCGAUAAAUGUCGACUACACGACGGGGAAGCCCGGAACAGGCGAAAGCGGCAAAGUUCUCAAGAAGCUGAUGAAAGAUCGCAGAGUCGACAAAGGCAACAAGUACUCGCCCGUCUUUGGCCGGUACGGCUUCCUCCAGGCCGAGCGUGCAGAGAUCCAGGUGGGGGGAGAUGUUGUAGUUACUAAGAGGUUAGAGGAGAGAUGUGUCUGGGAUUGGCCACCGUAUAACUGAGCUUGGUGGAGCACACCCA